AUGGAACCUCAGGAAAGUGUCACAGAAGAUAGUGUUUCGUCGCCGACCGUAAAGCCACGGCUCCCUCGCCGGGAAAGAGUGCCGUUACACAAGAGUAGUGUGUGCUCACGGUCCUAUUUCACGGUUGUCAUGGUCUUUUUCCAUGUCUACAUCAUCAAUGUUAUCGCACUUCUGCUUUACGUCCAUUACAAUAACAGCUCCGGUGAACACGCUUCCACCAGCCGGGAAUUCAGCAGCGGGGGCAAUGAAGGUCACCGGUCCCCUCAGCAACUCAGCUCACAGUCCCCGUCAGGAUUUACCCGAAACAUGUACCUCCCUCGCAUUGAGGGUAUCAGGGUAGGGCAUGUCCAGAAACUGUCUCUCGUGCCAAAUAAAGUGCAUGAAAUGAGGACGCUGAGUCUGAAGCCGCUUUUGUUCGAGAUCCCUGGGUUCCUGUCGGAUGAGGAGUGUCGUGUGGUGGUGCAGUUGGCCCAGUUGAGAGGUUUGAUGGACAGUCAGGUGAUGGUGCCAGAGGGACAGCAGGAGCUCACAGAACAGCUCAACCUCAGCCCUGAAGACAUCUUCAACCUGCUCGACCUCAACCAGGAUGGCCAGCUGCAGCCUCACGAGAUUCUGACUCAUUCCCGUGUGCGGGAUGGUAUCUGGCUGACUCCAGAGAAUUUAAAGGAGAUUUAUGCUGGACUGGAGGCUGAUCAGGAUGGAGACGGUCUGCUGAGUCUGUCAGAGUUCAGGCGAUUGAGCACCGACGCAUUCCAGCGGUUCCUGCUGCAGCGUGGUGUGAAGAGGAGUCAGUUAGUGAGAAACAGCAGACACACGUGGCUUUAUCAGGGACAGGGCACUCACCAAGUACUCAGAGACCUCCGCAAGAGAGUGAUGCAGUUAACACGGCUGCCGAAGGCCCUGGUGGAGCUCAGUGAGCCCCUCCAGGUGGUGCGGUAUGAGGAGGGAGGGCACUACCACGCCCAUCAUGACAGUGGGCCGGUUUACCCUGAGACAGUCUGCACACACACACGCCUAGCCGCCAACACCUCCUCACCUUUUGAGACCUCCUGCAGGUAUAUCACAGUUCUGUUCUACCUGAACUCAGUGGAGGAGGGGGGAGAGACCACCUUCCCCGUGGCAGACAACAGAACAUAUGAGGAAGUGUCACUGAUUCAGAAUGACAUUGACCUGCUGGACACGCGGAGGAACUGUGAUAAAGGAAACCUCAGGGUGAAGCCAGCCAAAGGCACAGCUAUAUUCUGGUACAACUACCUCUCCGACGGCAGAGGUUGGGUAGGGGACCUGGAUGAGUACUCCUUACACGGGGGUUGCGUGGUAACCCGCGGGACCAAAUGGAUCGCCAACAACUGGAUCAAUGUAGACCCAGACUACCAGCGCCAGGCACGGUACCAGCAGCUAGUGUCCCAGCAGCAGCAGCAGCAUCCAGAGACUGAGAACCAGAACCCAAACUGGGAACCAGAACCAAAACCAGAAUCACAAACUGAUAAUCACCAAGACUUGUAG